ACUCUGAAUAUGCGAACAGGUAUGCAGAGCGAGUACAACAUUUAUUUUCUAAUAAUUUUGCCAGGGAACUAAAGGACACUCAGCGCACGCCAAAGACAUUUCAUUUGGCUCACUUUGGCGUGAACAACCCUAAUAAAAAAAAGUUAAGGCUAGUCUUUGACGCAGCAGAUAGUUCCGCGGGUUCGUGUUUAAACGACUAUCUGCUCAAGGGUCCGGAUCUACGGACGUCACUAUGGGGAAUCAUGCUGCGCUUUAGGGAAAAUCGUAUCGCAGUAUCCGGAGACAUAAAAGAUAUGUUUCUACGCAUCCAGAUCCACCCACAAGAUCAAGACGCCCUGAGAUUUCUUUGGCGGGACAACCCUGCGGAACCCGUCAAAACGUACGUAAUGACAUCCCUAAUAUUCGGUGCAAAAUGCUCGCCGUUUGUCGCGCAGUUCAUUAAAAAUAAAAAUGCGCUGCGCCACGAGCACACCGAGCCGGCUGCAGUCGACGCGAUCUGCAACUCUCACUACGCAGACGACUACAUUCAGAGUUUGCCAGACGAGGAGACAGCAAUAAAAAUGGUAAGUACAAUAUCAAAGAUACACGCAGAAGGUGGGUUCGAGAUCCGCAAUUGGACGAGCAAUAGUACAUCUGUGCUCGACAGCGUGCCAAAUGAAACCCUCGGUACUGCUGCUGUAAAGUUUAAAAUGGAUCAGCAGUUCGAGGGCGAGCGGACGCUCGGACUCAUCUGGUUCCCGGCCACGGACGAGUUAGGGUUCGACGUAUCGCUUAAACGUAUCCCUGAGCAGAUUGUUUUAGGCCACCAAAGGCCUACUAAAAGGAUUAUGUUAAAAGUAGUCAUGUCUAUUUUUGAUGUAUUUGGAUUUUUGGCGCCUUUUACUAUACAGGGUAAAAUCAUGCUCCAGGAUACGUGGCGAUCAGCCACUGGCUGGGAUGAUGAAAUUCCCGACGAUAUCUACACUAGGUGGGUAAAGUGGCUCGAUUUAUUACAAUUAAUAGGUCGCCUAGGUAUAUACGCAUACCUAGAUGGUAUCAGAAAGCAUCCAUAUGUGCGAGUGAGACGGAGCGAGGCUCACUCGCUGCGAACAAUACCGGUGCUACGACGAGCGCUACGGCUGCUACGCCUGCCGCUACGCCGCACUCCGGGCCGAAAUCGACUACGAGCGCGAUCGCUGCAAGUGUAAGUAUUAUAAAUAAUUAUAAUAACUUGCAACUGCAUUUGUUUUCGGAUUCAUCUUCAAAGGCUAUGUGUGCUGUAGCAUAUUGGA